CCGGAUGUGCGCCAGAGAAUUCGCAAAAGUUUUUUAACUUUAGAAAAACUAUUUGAGAAAUUCGCCAUGUAGUUUGGCAGCAACUGUGUCAAUCUGCGACGAAAGUAUUGGUCAACACAAUGAUUACUGCGUUGCAACAAGGAUUAUACAAAGAACAUCAAGGUGUCGAUUUGUUGUCGAGGAAUUUCGAGUCGCAUUUUCUGCAUACUCCGCAGCACCAUGAUAGGAUUACCGUGUCACAAAAUCAGUUUGACCGUUACCUGUCACGGACCAGCAGGUCACCAAAGGUACCAUGGGGUCGCAGUCUAAGCUAUGGAGGAUUGGGUCCCACUCAGCUCCCCAAGGAGUACCGAUCUAAACAGGAGCCCCCCACACGAGUACAGAAAGGACACUGGCACUUCGGGGGAGGGGUACUGCCAUUUCCACGCGGUGUGCCUAUAGAGCAGUAUUAUGAUCUUACGCUAUUGAAGAAAAGCAACCUAAGAAGAAAUGAUGAACUGGUUCCAAAUCCGGAAAAGUUAGAAAUGCGGAAAAUCCAAAUUCCUUUAGGAUUUCCAUCAGAGCACCCUUACACAUCUCACAUGCCUAAGUUCCAGGUAUUCCCGUCGCUUGAGUCCCCCGAUGACAUCAAAAAGGGAAAACAAGCUGUUACUCUUCACCCUACCCUCCCUCCAACAGCCCCAGCUUCGGCACCAGACCCCAGCAUACUUGAGAAAACCAAGGGUCAUUUUGACCGAAGGGAGUUGGUAUCGAUACAGAGAGAGUCCGAGAGGAAACCUUUAACCUGGCCAGAACACAACCUUCUUCAGUUGGUCAAGGGCCCGGAAUUACAGAGACAAGUUUACUACCCCAUCCCUCCUACUUCAGUAGUGCCAAACACCCCCGACAGAGACUCCCUGGCAGUGACCCCCCGGACUGCGAAGGCCUUGUACAAUGUUCAGCAGAGCUUCUGGCAAACACAUUACCAACAGCAGUUUACAGGCAAUGGACCACAGAAUAUCCUUCAAUUGGAUAAUUUCGACCGUGUUUGCAGAGGAGAGAACGAUACCCUGAGAGAGCAUUUCAGGAAUGAAUUCGCCCCACCGCGGCCUCUAGAGGGACGCCACACUGAAGUGAGAAAGAAAAACAAGAAGAAGAAAAAGGUCGUUGUAGGCCAUGGCACUGAACUUUGGAUGACAGAUAGUGAAGAUGAAGGAGAAGAAGAAGCCCGGGAAAAGUCUCUCAAAAGGACUCACGGAAAUUUCUUUGUAAAUGAAGAAAUCUUAGAUCUGACCACUGGUCCUAAGUUCAGCGAUGGAUAUCUGCAGAAUAGUCUGAUUAAUCCCAGCGGGGAAUAUUCCGACGUGCAUGCCUUUGCUCGGGCUCACCCCCACUUAUAUUACUCUUCCAUUACAAAUAACGAGAAUUCAAAGUAUUUCAGUGAGCUUUCACGACCUGUCACCGCCCCUGCGAGUGUCAAGCGCGCAGCUCCCCCCAUACUGAACAACAUGCCGAGUCAAGUUCCCGAGCAAACGAAGACAGGUUCGACCAGUAGCGACGACUUGUACCCGAAGUGGUUCCGAUCAGCCAAGCUUAAAGAAAAUCAUAGGCCCAGUUCAGCACUUCUGGAAUUGCAAGACAACUGGAGUAAAACUGAAGCUCAUCGAAGAUUUCAUGAGCAGUUUCCCGAAAACGCACCGGACAUUCGCCGAAAGCCAGAUUUGCGCAUUACAACUAAUGAAAGAAGACAUGUUGUCCCGGAAACUGGUAUUCAUGUGUACUAUUUCCACCGGUGAAAUGUGACUAGAGUGAUUUUGAAAGCCAAGCGUUGUGUUCAGAAAAGCUUUUAUGCAGUUGAUAUUUUCACUUUUCAUUUUUGCGUUCUGUGACCUCUGAAGAUGAACAUUUCAGCUUCUUCCCGGUCGUGGUAACUAAGAAUUGAUGCGGUGUUUCGUGGAUAUUUAUGUUGCUGUAACUUGGAAAGGAAAGGUCAUGAGAAUUGAAAUGAAUGGGUAUCAUGAUAAAAGACCUAAAAAAUGAAAAAUAAUAUAUUGUAACUUCUAAGCUGGUCUCUUUAUUUGUCAUUCUUAUAAACUAGUAGAAAAAAACAAACAAACAAAAAAUAUAUAUAUAUAUUUAUUUGAACGUGAA